CUUCACUGUGAACCAUAACCUCGUUUGUCCAGUGAGAACACUGUUCCCAAAAGAUGAAGAAGGGCCUCUCGCUUGUGCUCCUCAUCCUUCUCAUCCACCACAACCUUCUCAACGCCGACAACUGUGUCACAGAGGAUUGCCUCAUCGCCAACGAUUUGGAAUCAGAAUUCUCGUUUGGCUCUCAUGCCGCAAGAAUGCUCUACGAUGUCAGCCAAUCACAGACAGGCAAAACAGGCAACGGCAACAACAAAGCUGUAAAUUGUCCACAAAAUCAAGGUUACCGCAGCUGCAUCCCAUCUUAAAACGGUGGUGGCCCCAACAAAAACUGUGCUGAAUAUACUAGAAACUGCUAAGAACAUCUUCCAAUUUCGUUUCUCGUUUUGAGGUUAACUGUUUAAAGUUCCAUUUCUUGUUUUAAGGUUGUCUUCCAUCCUCAACUGUUUAGUCUAAUUUCAUUUCCCUGUCUUGUUAUUCAUACUUCAAUUGUGUUGUACUGUUACUGCCUCUGUAUUAUCAUAUCAUCUGUACUCUCUCAGUUUAUCAAUUUGUGCUUGAGAAUAAUUCCAUGUAAGAUUGCCAAUAAUAAAUCACUUCCUCUGCACAGGGUUUCUUCAA